CUCACACACACCAUUCCCGCACACACUCUCCUUUGGGUCUGUGUCCUCGUGUCGUUAUCGUGUCGUGUCACUGGAUGGUCUCCACCCAAUAUCCGCCCGUCACGGUCUCUCCCGUCUCCUCGUCCACCUUUCCGCCCAUCAUCCUCGCCUUGAGCCCCAUGGCCGCCAAAUCAGCCACCCACUUGGCCUCGGCCAAAGCCACAGAAGUGCCGAAGAACAUAUACACAGGGAUGAGGUGCCCUGUGGGAAUGUCCUCAAACGAUAUCAGCUUUCCGACGGUCUCGGAAUGCAGGCGGGUGCGAGGGGCUGAGAAAGGCGGAUAUGAGGACAUCAGCCAGGGGUCACCGAUGACGGCAACCGGCAGCGGCACAAGAGGAUACUGCGAUGGCGGCGGCGACACGAACGAAUGCUGCAGAGCCGCAUGCAUGGCGCCAUGGUUGUCAACAGGAACUUCGAGCAGCGGGGGGACGGUCGGCGGCGCGGUGACAUCGACGGGAGUGCUGUUGCCCGUUUCCACGGUGGGCACUCUCGUGCUGUCCCGAGCCACCUCCUUCACCCCCACUGCCGUGUCCUCAGCGCGGCGCCCAGAGGGAUUCUUCCCGUCUUUCGCGGGUUUGCGGGCCUGGCUGUGGCGCUGCUGCGGUCCGGUGGUCUUGCCAGGGGCGGGGAUGAAGGGGCGGGGGUGCAGCUGGGUGUCGUAAGUCGACGAAAGCUUCGACAGCUUCGACAUGGCGAUAAGCAGAAGGGGGUGGGGUGGGGGUCGGCAAUAGAACGUCGCGGUCUCUGCAAAGACGCUUCCUCUGAUGAGGCGGAACGCUUUCGAAGGGAAAUAAGCG